AUGAUUACAAGCAGUUUCACCACCACCUACGGCCCGCGACUUCUGGAAGAAGUUGCUUUCUUUCUGAUGGCAAAUCCACCAUUUCCUCUAAAUAAUCCGGAGCCCAUAUUCGAUGAUGGAAACGAAAAUGGUGCCAACAGCAGUGAAGGCGAAGAACCGGACGUAUUUGCUAUUCAUGGGCAGCCAAAGGCUCACAACGGGCAAACACACAAGGCGAAGCACAGACAGUCUCCAGGAUACAAGCCCCCCAUCACCGAUCAACCGGUCAAAAAGAACUCAAACGACCCAGCGACUAUUAUGAGAGACGCACGUCUCGACCUAGAACACAUCUGCGAGAAGUUACCUGUAGAGGCAGUAAUGAAAGCAAACCUGUUCCAGAUCGGUGCUAGUGCUAUCAAUUCUGGAUCGCAUCCGACAGAUGAAGCAAGACAACUGCUGAAGGAACUCGCAAAUCUCGUACCUCAAUAUCGAACUCGCAUCAGAAAAUGUCUGGAGAAGCAACCAGCUCCAGGCAGCCUUCAAAGCAAUGCAUCCAAGCAGCCGUUCCCGCAUACCGUCUUGGAAUUCGCUAGGAUGGUGCCGUUGAGCAUGAUAUUGUUUUUGCUACGAAUAGUUCUGAAAGAGGACCCGAGUCAGAUGAUGGCACGAUCGGCUCCAGACUGGAAGCCAUUGCUACACCAUGCUAUCGAGCAAGAAGCAUAUGACCGCGACAGGCUGGGGGGUCUUACAUCUGAGAUCUGUCGACUUAUGAAAGAGCCCAACGAUGCAAUUUGCAUGGUUAAUGAGCUUGAUGAGAACUGCAUUCAUCUGGCCAUCCGGCACAACAUUCAAGGCACAGAGAGCAUAAUCAACUUGGUUGAUACUCAAAAUGCCAACAAUGCUUUGACCCAGAUGCGGAUUUCGACUAACAGUCAGGAACCUGGAAACACGCCUUUACACGAUGCACUACACUUCAGCAAAGUUGCGCUUCACGAAGAUACCCCUUGUCUAGUUAUGACAGACCCAUCCAUGUCUCCCUACAUUGGUGCCGGUUUCACUAACGCCGGCAACGAGGAUACGCCUAUCAUUAAGCCAGUUCAGAGAAUUGACAGCGGACUUUCUUUAUCAGAAAGGCAACGCAGAACCGGCACUGCCACUCAUUUCGAUCUUGACAAACAUCUGGAAGACCGCAAUAGUGGCUCCAGAUUGUGCCAGAGCUGCACUUUCGCCAAUGAGGAAAAUCAUAAAGUCCCGGACUACGAUACUUACUUCGGCGUGGUCAAGGCACUAAUUACGAAAGCCCCUGGUGUCCUGAAGCAACAAAAUGCCUUCGGCCAGUGCCCUUACGCUUUUCAUCAUGCCACCAGGGAGGAGAGCACGGAAGAGAGGCUAAAUGCGACGCGACAACCGCACAAGACCGUAGACGACAAGCAACUAAUGCCGGAUUUGGGCCUGAACCCCAGAGUUGGAGGCCACAUCAAGCCAAACGGACGCAUCAAACCCGACGGAUCAACUGAAGUUAUUCCGGACCAUGACCUGGGGCGCUGGUAUGACAGUAAGUCUCAGCAUACUGAGACGCACGAGUGGAAGUACAACUACACCAAUUCCAACCGCCUCACGGAAUACUUGGAGGAUAAGGUGGUCGAGGUGGCUGGAGGCUACAAGAACGCCAUUGAGUUUCUCUUUCCCGACCUUACCAAAAGCAACGCUGUCAAGAGCCGUGAGUUUCAUCAUCCGCGGCGAGUGAAUUCUCAAACCCGCUUGUUGUACGACUUCCUUAUCUUCGAACCAAGACUUUCCUAUCUUCGUCUCAGCCUACAGCCGGACAGGUCGUAUAUCCUCUUGAAUGACAAGGACCGUGAAAAGCAAAAUGCCGACGACGCUAAGAACAUCGAGUCCGUGUUUAGAUGGCUUAGGAAUGAUAAGGGGGUCAACAAGAUUGUGUAUCUGGAAGUAAAAGACAACCCUCAUCGGUACUGCAGCGAGGAGACGAUCGAAUGCUGCCUGAAGCAUAUGGAUGAAAUCCGAUUCUUGGACUGGGACAAGCCAGACAUUUCGCUAAACACCAUAAGCAAGGCCAAAGGCCUGUCUGAGCUGUCCUUAUACUCAUCUGGAACAAAUGCCGUGUUCCAUCAUUGGUCAGACACGAAGGGAUUGGUACAAUUGCGGCAAUUGAGGAAGGUCUGGUUGUACGCGAAAAUGUGUCUGGACACUGAAAACAUCAAGAGAUUGGUUGAACAACACCUUGAUAAUCACGAUCAUUCGACUGCCAAGAGCCACGAUCAAUCGACUACUAAGAAGCAUGAUCAAUCGGUUGCAUCUUCAUCCAAAGAAAGCAAGAAAAUCCAACACCUGCCACCGGGCAUCAAGUCAUGGCUAGAUACCAAUCGCCUUACUGAUGCGCAGAUGCGAGAGACAGAGGAGUUGAUCAAGUCCACCAAGACUCCUGAGAUAAUAACAGCCUGGAUUGAAACCGGAGAGCCGACUGUCAAGCAACCUGAGCGCUCUGCCCAAAACUUUGUGCCGCAAAGAACUCAUCCAGGCUUUGAAGCCGUGAAGGCAUUCAAUGCAGCCAUGGUAACCAACAUGAGCGACAGACUGAAGGUUAUCGAAAGAGUCAAAGUGGCCCUAGUUGAUGACGGUGUUGAUCCGGAGUAUGAAAGUGUGGGAAAGUAUUUGGCAAACAAUGGCUUCCCGCUGGGAACACCGGACGGCAAAACGGUGCCCUUUUACACAUCGACAAAGCAACAUGGCAGCAAAAUGGCAUGGGUUAUCUCCACAAUCUGCCCUUUCGUCGAGAUAUAUGUUGCAAAGAUGGACAACUACCAUGAGCUUGACCUUGGUAAUCCUGCUUUUGAUCCGGAGAGAGCAGUAAAGGCGGUAGAGUGGGCACUUAAACGCGACGCUGAUAUCCUCUCCAUGUCCUGGCUUUUUCGCUAUACCCAAGCCGUGGAGGAGCAUACCAACGAGCUAACCCGUCUCCUCGACCACAGUCCAUACUCAAAACCGCCCAUAAUGUACUGCGCCGCCAAGGACACCCGCGGGGAUGACUCAGCCAGCGCUACUUACUACCCAGCCGGAUGCAAUUUAACCCAAACGGUUGGCGCGGCCGACAUUCACUGCAAGCCAAAGCCGUAUGUCACACUCGAAGACACGGAAUGGCUGUUCCCAGGAACCAACGUGUUUGAGGAUCCAGCCGAUAGUGGAAACUCGGUCGCAACAGCUGUGGCUGCUGGCGUGGCGGCGCUGGUGUUAUUCUGUCUAAACGACGUAGGGGUGCAGUGGGAUCAAAUUAAGCCAAAGGUUACACCGAAACAGCUCAUGGAACAGCUGUUCAAGGGGUUGCAGGACGAGCAUUCUAAAACGAAAUACGUGGACCUUGCGAAACUCUUCAAGUUCGAAGAGAAUGAACUGGAGAAGAUAAGUUCAAGGUUUCUUGUAGACAGACUCAUUCACUAUAUACCCGGGCUGAGGGAUGCAAUCGGCCGGAGCAGAAUCUGA